GGCCGCCCCGGCCGGGAGAGGACGGCUGAGCCGCGCCGCUGCCCACCUUCCAUCUUGCCGCGGCCCCUCCGCUCUGCGGAGUCAGUCUUCAUUAAUCGUCCUUCUCUAGUGUGGGAGAAACCAUGGGGAGGAAACUGGACCUUUCCGGCUUGACAGAUGAUGAAACAGAGCACGUCCUUCAGGUGGUCCAGCGAGACUUCAACCUGCGCAAGAAAGAAGAACAACGACUGAGCGAGAUGAAGCAGAAGCUGGACGAGGAGAGCAGCAAGUGCCGCGUCCUCUGCAAGCACCAGGAGUUCACCGACCACUGCUGUAUGCGCUGUUGCUCGCCCUUCACCUUCCUGCUCAACAGCAAGCGGCAGUGCCGGGACUGUAGAUACAACAUCUGCAAGGGCUGCUGUUCCUACCAGAAGCCGGAGAAGGCCUGGCUCUGCCACAUCUGCCAACAGACCAGGCUCUUAAGGACCCAGUCACUGGAAUGGUAUUAUAAUAACGUGAAAAGCCGCUUCAAGCGUUUUGGCAGUGCCAAGGUCCUGAAGAAUUUGUACAGAAAGCACAGGCUGGAGAGCGGAGCCUGUUCCGACAUAAUAGAAGGAAGCCUUCUUGAGGGGAACCUGGAGAAUGGAGGAAACAUCAGUGGCAGUGACUCUACGUUUUACAGGCAAUCAGAAGGACACAGUAUGGUGGACACGCUGGCUGUAGCCCUCCGGGUUGCCGAAGAAGCAGUAGAAGAAGCCAUUUCCAAAGCAGAAGCAUUUGGGGACAGCCUGGACAAGCAGAAUGAGGCCUGUUAUCUGCGAGAACAUAAGGAAGAGUUGAUAGAAGAGCUGGCCAGCACAAUAGUGCAGAAGAUCAUAAAGAAGCAGAAAAACAAACGGGAGCGGCCAGUGGAGGCCGAAUCGGAAUGGCCGCAGCCCGAGAGCGGCUCGCUGACGCCAGCUGGGCUGAGGUUGCCCGUCCUUCCUGCGCCAUCCCGAGGAACGGGUGCUCUGUGGAGGUCGCAGUCUGCGUUCACGCUAACGGUCGAAGAUGCGUCCAGCCAGGAGCAGAGCCCGAAGAGCGUGACCCUGGAGGUCCUGUGGAGACGGCAGCGGGACCAGGUUAGGAAACAGAAGGAGCGCAGGCUGGCUGCCUUGCCCAGCUGGAAGAGCAUGGACAGAUUGGAUGAAACAAGCUCAGCCCCCGCCCUGCAGAGCGCGGACGGGAACUGGAUGGCCCUGCAGAAUGCCGGACGGCCCCGGCCCCGGAUGCUCGCCCAACCCAAGAGCCCUCUCUUCUGGGCCCUGGAGGAGGAGUCCAGCGUGGUGUCCGCCUACGACGAGAUGGGCACGGACAGCGAGGACGACUUCGACUGGAACGCGGCCCUGCACAAGCUGAGCCCGAGGCCCCGCCACCCGUCGGAAAACUCCAACGGCGCCGACCCCCAGGGCCCCCCCGACUGGGCCUACGGGCGAGACUCCUGCCCCCCCGUGACCUCGCCGUCCUCCGGCCUGCACACCAACACCGAGACCGUGUUCUCCGACUCGGAGACGUCCUCGCUCAACUCCUCCCGGGAGGCCCGGGGGCCCUCGGCGCCCCCCCGCCGGCAGCGGAAGCCCCCCGGGGCCCAGGCCGGGGGGUCGGCCCACGGGCGCGGAGAGCUCGACGUGAACUUCAACCCCCAGGCGUCCUCCGUGGAGGACUCGGAGAGCAGCGAGGCCGAGGAGGCCCAUCACGUCGCAGACAAACGCGCCCGGAGGUGGCGCCGGCCUAGGGGGCUGGCCUCCGAAUCGGGCGAGGGAACGACCCCCGCCGGAAACCACGGCACGAAGGCGGGAACCGAUCAGCUGUUACCCGAUUUAUCGGAAAUGGAGAUGACCAAUGAGAAUCAGCUCCACAGUACCAGAGCGGACCUCGGGGAUGAGAAACUAAAGUCCAGGUUAUUUGAAUUAGCCGCGAAGAUGAGCGAGAAGGAGACAUCUUCCGGGGAGGAGCGGGAGUCGGAGCCCAGGACGGAAUCCGAAAACCGGAAGGAAAGUCUGUCCUCAGAGGACAAUGGCAGGUGCCUUCAGGAGGAAUUGAAGAAGAAGUAUUCCGCCGUCUCUCUCUGCAACAUAUCCACUGAAGUCCUGAAAGUCAUCAAUGCCACAGAGGAAUUGAUCGCGGAGACGGCCGGCCCCUGGGAUCCCCCGGCGGCGUUCCCGGAGCGGGAGAAAGAGGCAGCGUUCCCCUUGGGCACAAACCCCAUCCUCCUGGAUGAGCAACUCACUUCCCUGGAAGAAAACGUGUACCUGACCGCCGGCACGGUGUACGGGCUGGAGGGCCAGCUGAACCAUCUGGAGAACGCCGCCCGCAGGAUCAACAGCGUGACCACGGAGUCGGAGCUGGCCGACUUAGAGGACCAGGUAGCCACCGCUGCAGCCCAGGUCCAUGACGCAGAACUGCAGAUUUCAGAUAUCGAGAGCAGAAUCUCAGCCCUGACCAUCGCUGGUCUGAACGUGGCACCCUGUGUCCGUCUGAGAAGAAAGCGGGAUCAGAGGCAGAUGAGUCAGGUUCAAACCAUAGAUACAUCACGGCAGCAGAGGAGAAAGCUUCCGGCACCUCCAGUGAAAAGUGAAAAUGCGGAGGCUUCUCCGGGUCCCAACGGUAAGGCGUUUAAUCGAAAUUUUGUGCUUCAAGGAUCUUUGACCCAAAGGACAAAAGAAAGGAAGAGCCCCGCACAGGAUCUGAUGGACCCAACUAAAGGAUCUGCUGUAAUGUACUAGGACUACCAAACUCUACUGCCAAUAACCCACUGCCUACGUCUGUACACUUAGUGCCUUUACUUAGCAGCCAUUGUAUACAGAACAUCCAAAAGAAAACGGGCCCUCGCGAACCCACAAUGCCUCCGUCCUAGGGCUUUGUCCGGAUACCUCACUGAGAAAGCUGGCUAAGUCUUCAGCAUUGUGGUCUGCUCAUCGAAACUCUGCCUUACUUUCCCGUGAGACUCCGGGGAGAUUACCCAGAUGCUGAGUUUCAGAAGCAAGGCUCCAGCUUUUAAGAUGCACUUUUUCGGGGUCGAUUUUCCUUACAAGUAUGUUGUCUCUCUGUGUUUUGUCCACUCGAGCCAUCCGUCAGUAGUUCACGUGAGAGGGAAUGGCAGAAAGGGUCUUAUCAGUCAGCCCCUCGGAGGCUUGCCGGACUCUUGGUUCUUUAGGUAGAAUUCUCUAAAAGUGCACCUGCAGCGUGAACAUUUAGUUCCCAAGAGUUGGAGGAACAGGAAAAAAGGGCGACGGGUUAUUUUCCUAAGGAAAACUUCCCACCAAAUAGUUUAGACCUCUAUUCUUACACUUUCCUCCCGACACUAGGCGUUGCUCUCCUGGUUAAGGUUUUUAGUUUGGACUUCAGGGCCCUGAUACCAAAUUUCUCCAGAAUAAGAUGUGAUGGCCUACCCUGCCUAAAAUCAGAAGCUUUGACUCCUUCUCGUUUCACAUUGGCUGAAUCUGGAUGGAGUCAAUGAGGAUUGCCUGUCUCAAAACAUCCUGCAGCGCUGUAUUUCCGUAGUUUGGAAUCCACUGGAAGGUGAUCUUCGAUAGCAGUUUCCGUCAUGAAUUGUACCGAUUGGCUGACCUAAAAAACUCGUGUUUUUUAGCUCAGAGCUUUUUCUGAGAUCCGCCAACUGUUUUGUCCCUGAUGGGCUGCCAUGAAACUCCCUGCCCCUCUUUCACCCUUCGGCACAGGAAAUGGGGUGGACUUGAAGCCUGGGCGUCUAAUAUGUGGCACUGAGGAGAUUGGUAGUAAUAACAGUAACAAUAAUAAUAAUAAUUUUGGCAAUUUGGUACUUGGUUACGUGUCAAACACUGUUCUAAGC